UUCUAAAAGCAAAACAACUUCCGUCUUUGCAUUUCAAAAUAAACGUACAAAUACACGCAAAGAUGUACUGCACAAUGACGCAGUUAUACUAGCCGAAUACAGUUUUGUUUUUACCAACAGCUGUUCUCAUUGUUUUACAAAUUUGUUUUUCUUGCAAAUCAAAUAAAUAAAUAUAGCAAAUCAUUACUAUUAUUCUGGAGGGCCUGUUUUUAAUUUCCGUUCUUAAUCUCAAGUGCUUGACGAAGGAUGGAGGAAUUAAUUCAAACUGCGCAUGUGUGUAGACAGAUAAGGAUUUAAUUCCAGAUUCGUGCAGACAGCUUGUGUGGAUGAGCUCCGUCCACUAUGAUUCUGUGGGAAUACGGACUUUGAUAGCAGCUUUUGGGGGGAGAAGCUUUUGAGAUUUCCUGGAGGCUGUGCAGGGCCAGACUGGUCACCAGCCCUCCAGCCCUGCGCUGACACGGUCUGUGACUGUCAACCUGCUGACUCGCAUCUCCUGCUUAUCGCGCCAGGGUCCAGUGAUAACUUCACUUGGUUGGGAGCAAGUUCGGAUGUGGCAGGCAAACUGCAGGCGAAUGCAUAAUUUAGCAGACUGGAUUUCCGGGACAGUGAUGGGAGGCUGUGUGGGGAGGAGCAGGAUGGAUGGACAAGGGAGCGCCCGGAGCUCUACAAGGAGCAAAAAACGAGGAGGACGCAAUGAGCCCCUCAAAAAGGAGCGUCCAAAGUGGAAGAGUGAGUACCCGAUGACCGAGGGCCAGCUGAGGAGUAAAAGGGAUGAGUUUUGGGAUACGGCUCCAGCCUUUGAUGGGCGCAAGGAAAUCUGGGAUGCACUCAGAGCAGCAGCCCUGGCUGCAGAAUGCAAUGACCUGGAGCUAGCACAGGCCAUAGUGGAUGGAGCCUGCAUUACUCUGCCUCAUGGCUCUUUGACUGAGAGCUAUGACGAAUUGGGCAACCGCUACCAGCUCCCUGCCUACACUUUAGCGCCGCCUGUCAACCUCAUCACCGAAACAUCCAGCGAGAGCAAGGUUUCUGAAUCCACUCAAAAACAAGCUCAGCCCCCUCCGUGCAGGCAAGAGUUCCAGCUGCGGGUGCGAUUGUCAACAGGAAAGGAUGUGCGUCUGACAGCCAGCAUGGCGGACUCUAUUGCUGAGCUCAAGAAACAAUUGCAAGAACAGGAAGAAAUUGAUGUGUCCCGCCAGAGGUGGUUCUUUUCCGGGAAGCUCCUGACCGACAAGACUCGUCUGCAAGAUGCUAAGAUCCAGAAGGACUUCGUCGUCCAAGUGAUUGUCAAUAUGAACGCUCCAGUCAUAGCUGACUGACAAGUGAGACAGAGGGCCAUGAAGUGAAGGAUGUGCCAGAGAGGCGUGCAGGGAUAGGAGUAGGGCUUGGAAUCAUUUUCCAGUUGGUAUUGCGGUGGAAUUUUGUGUACAUUUUUAUAUAAGAUAUUAUUGCUUUUGUAUGGCUCCUUUUUGUAUUUUUUCCUUUUUCCAAAUGAAGUAAGAAUAUUGAAAAGCACUGAAACACUUUAGAUUAAAAGUACUCCUCAGAUGCACAUCCCAGUGUCAGUCUGUCUGUCUGUUUCAACUCACUGCUCUGUUGUUUACAUGGGUCCCCUUCCUCCUCGUCAUGUGUGUUACUUGUGCUUGUUGAUAAAUAUGGUUCAAAAGGGAAUCCAGAUAAGGAAAAUCCUUUCUCUCUUUCUUCUUUUAUAAGGAUUUCUGUCAUGUGAUUUGAGAAGUAGGGUACAGAUGACAGAAACCUGUAGGGAAAAGAAAUGUAAAUAUCCAUUUCCAUAUGUGUUGUUUGGUCAUGUAACUAUGUGCACACUACAUUUUCAAUUCACAGCUGUAUAGUCAUAAUAAAGACAUGGAAUGUAAAGAAGGCAUCUUUAUUAAAGGUAAUAAGAGUUGAUCCGACUGUUUUUUAUUUCAUCACUCCAAUCAAGAUACUGUAGUCUUCUGUACAAUACGAUACUCACUGUACUUGAAUAACUUAUCAAUAAAUAUUGUCAAUUUAAAGUCA